CAGGAAGAGAAGUUAAACUUGGAGAGAAACCUAAUGGACAAUCUCCACAGCAGAUGGUAACAAAAAAUAAUCCAGAUGGGGUGCAGGUGCUGUAAAAUGAUACAAAGCUAUCUCUUUGAUCCGGUUCAAGUGCCCUCCCCUGGCUAUGUCAACGAGGUGAACAGCUGCAAGGUGGAUGAAGGUGACGUGGGUAAACUGAAAGGCAAACAGAGCGGCCAAGUCCUCGUGCACAAAAACGAGCUGCAGAGCGAGGGCCUGAAGAGGACGGCCAGCAGAGGCAGAGCCUGCGGCGGGCAGGAGCCCCACUGGCCUCCCCCAGGACCGCCCCCUCAGGGGGAGACGGCGGGGGGAUACUGUGCGGACAGAGCUGGCAGUGCCAUCAACGGCAUUGGCCCCGCCCCCGCCCCCCUGCAGCCCACCGGGGAUCAUGGGCCCCACCGGGGAGACAGGGGCUCCUGCGUCAGGACCGCGCACAGCGUUGCCCCAACUCAACCCUUCCCGGAAGGAGGGGUCCCCGGACAACAGGACAGUGUGCUGCCGGCCUCGCAAGAGACCCAGCUCGUCAGAAAUGGGGACUCCAGGGCUUCUUCCAGGGCAGAAGGUCCUGCCUUGCGAGUACAAGACCAUGACCUCCAGAUACCGGCCCCGGAUUACCCUCCCCUUCGGGGCUCCACUGUAGACAAAGCUGAUCAGGAAGAAAAGCACUGUCUUUCCAAGAGCCAGACUGACGAAGAAGCCCUGGCGGGAAUUUCCCCCAGGGUCAGGGAGCACGGUUUGAACAUGCCCUUCCCCUUGAAGAGAAGUUGGGAUUCGUUAAGCGAGGCCGUGGCGACAGAAGGCCUAAGUGUCUACUUUGAAGCAGAGGAUGCUGCUCAGGCCGCGCCCCUGGUCGAUUCCAGAACCGGGUGGGAGGAUGCACCUGGCUCCGCGGGAGAGCCGGGUGGGGACGCGGAGGACGAGGAUGCGGCCGUGGCCGAAGCCCUCGCAGCCUUAGAAGCAGCUACCGCUGGAGAAGACGUGGACGAGGCAGAUUAGGGCCCUGAGCAGGUGUCGCUGCGCGCACGUGGGGUGCGCGUGCUCCCUGGUCGGAGCUGGUGCCCCGCAGCCUGCGCCCCCCGCAGCCUUACAGGUUGUUUGCGUCAGCGUCCGCUCUGAUGAUCGCGGGUGCCCGCGCCAGGCCGCUUGUUGUUAAGUAUGGACAGCACCACUGUGUGGACGGGCGAUCACUCAGGGCGCCAGAAGAAAAAUCAGAGUGCAGGUGCCCACAGCGCAUGCGGGGAUCAAACAGCCUACUCCUCGACCCACAGAUCUCCCUCCAGAACAUCUGGGACAGAUGUUCUUGAGAAUGCUCUGAAAUCCCAGCGCUUAAUCCCCACCACCCCCCACCACCAAGGGCACAGAAUCACAGAACAUUCUGUUUGUAAAUUCGUUGUCUUGCUUUUGAGAGCCAGACAUUGUACCCAACCUGGAAAAAGUAGCUACCCCCACUGAAAGUGCCUAGUGUGUCCCCAGAGCAUGGCUUGCCUUCAGGGACAGUCACCCAGGGAACUAAUCACUAACCACUUGUUUGACAUGGAGUUAAACUCAGCAGGCUUCAGGAUGGAGCAGAAGCCACCAGUAAGCAAAUGGUUAGUCAUUAGCUGUGAUAUUAAGACACCUUGACCUUAACUUUUUUACAUUAUUACUUUUUACUCUCCUUUGGGACUGGGGAGGCUGGCCAAAAUAAUUCUGAAAACUGCUUGUGUUGUAUUUGAGUUUUAAGUUCAUGAGAUUGGGAAGAGCGAAGAGAUAGAUGUUUUACGCCACCUAAUGUCGAUUCUGAUUAAAAUAUAACAACAUAUGUGUCUGUCUGUUGUAACUCAAAGGUAGUUCUCAUUUCCCAGACUGAGUGUCAUUAAGCCUUGAUGUUUCUUUCCAUUUCGAGGGCUGCACUACUGAGUUACAGGUGAGGAGAACCAGUCCGUUCGCUGAGAAUGGCUUUGGCUGUUUGUCCCUGCCAUUCAAACUCAUGACACCACAUGCCCCGAUCUUACCUAAGGAUGAGCCACAGCCCUCUCUGGAUGCCAGCCUUCUGGUUUAUAAAAGCAAGAACUGCCAUUCUGACAUGACUCAGUGGAGAAUUUAGAGGAUGGUCAAGUCUCUCUGGAAAACUAUGAACAUGGGAGAUGCUCUCAUAUGGCAUUUCAUAACACAGGCUCUGAAACCUGGCUGACCUUGGUUUGAUUUCCAGCUUUGCCACACGACCUCAGGCAAAUAAUUUUUCCCUUCUACUUGCCCAUCCGUUAAGUGAGAAUAAUAGUAUGUAUUUGUAAAGAUUGAAUGAGAUUAUGCAGGUAUUUAUCACAGUGCCUGGCACACAGUAGGCACGCAACAAAAUGCUAAGUCUUACCAUUUGUUAAAAACAAAUCCUUGAAGCAUGGUUUUAUGUCCUCACAACUGAAAACUCUAAUACUGUCAAUGUCAUCACUGCACUUUGGUGAUCAUUUAAAUAAAAAGGUGAUUUCUGAGCUUCCCAGCAUCUUUAAGGAUGGCACCCUUACAAAUGCUUACCAGACAUACAUUA